AAUCGUUUUUCUGCAACCGCAAUGCUGUCAAACGGCUCUGCCGGCGUCGCUGCCGGCGUCCCCAGCGACUGCGACGAGCGAACGCUGCUGCUAGGCGAGGAAAUGGUUGCUGUUGCUGCGCCGACGUCGACGUCGUCGUCGUCGUCGCCGCCUCCUCUGCCGCUGUCGCUGCCUCCUUCGUGCGCGGCAACUGCGCCGCCAACGUCGCUGCCUCUGGUGCACACAACAACAACAACAGCAGCAGCGGCAGCAGCAGCAGCAACAACAGCGCAGCCGAGCAACAACAACAAUGUGAGCAACAACAACAACGCCCUGCCUGCGGUCAGUGCUAAAAACAUGGCUAAUACCAAGAGCAGCAGAAGCGGCAGCAGCAGCAAAUGCAGAAACAACGAGGCCAGCAGCGGCAGCAGCAACAACAACAACGCAGCGGAGGCAACAACAGCCGCCGCUGGGGAUGUGGAAACUGCAACAACAACAGCCACGACGACGACGACAACAACAACAACCACGGCUGACGAGGAGGACCUGUCCAGCGAUCUGAGCGACAAGUUCCCACGCCCCCAGAAGAAGCCCGGCAAGCUGAGCAAGCUGGGCACCAAGAGCGUCGGCCUCAAGCGCGUCUCUUUUGGCUCCUCGAAGGGUUCGAUGGUGGAGACGCUCGUCUUCGAGACGCCGACGCCGCUGUCGGAGCACAUGGAGUCCACCUUUGGGUUCGAUGCCGCGGCAGACUCUGCCGCCGAUACCGCCGCUGCCGCCGCUGGUCAGCCGCAGCUGGCGUCGACGCUGCCGUCGCAUCUGCCGCUGGCAGGCAACUACAGUGGAGACUACGCCAAGGGGAACAUGGACGACAGCGGCAUUGAGGUGCAGGAGGAAUCGGAGCGUUCGAUAGUGCGCGUUUCCAUCUACCAAAGCAGCCAGCCGCAGCAGAUCUGUCCACCGGCGGACUACCUGCUGGACGCCCUAGACGGAGGCUACAACUACAACAGCAACCUCCUCGACUACUCCACGAUGGCCACGACGGCGGCGGGGCUUCAGCAGCAGCAGGUGAUCGGCCUGGGAGCGGCCUACGAUCGACAGCAGAGCACCGACUCCGGCUGGGACAACCCCUUUCGGCCAGGCGGCGAUCUCUCCAGGGAGGCUGAUGAAAUUGUCAACAUGAUCAGAGGUGGCAAGCCCAUCACACCCACAGAAGAGCGGACGAUUGGCAACGGGAGCGCCCAGCAUGCGGACGACAAUUGCAACGGCGGAGCGGCGAUUGGCGAGAGUGUAACCAGAUCGAACCUCUCGCAGAAUCUAGCAACAGCACAAAAUGGUACAAAUUCCCAUGCCUCUGCCUCUGCCGACGCUGGCGCCGGAAAAGCAGCGACGGCGGGCGAGCUGAGCGGCGGAACCGGAAACGGAAGCGGCAACAACGGGGUCACCUCGCUGGGUCAGGUGUCCAAACAGGUGGUGCCGGGCCCGACGUCCGCUAGUCAUGUGGUCAUCGACGAGAAGAAGAACAAGAAGAAGGGCUGCUGCGUGGUGCAAUAAUCGCGGAAAAGCCCAAGAGGACGACGGCGGGGGAAAGAGAAAGAAAGAAAAACAACCAACCAAGCGAAGAGGAGGAGGAAGAGGGGGCGGGCAUUUUCCGGCUAGCCGUGUUUUUCGAUGUUAGUGUUUUUUUUUCCGGGGGUACAUAUAUGAAGGAGCCGAGCUGUUGAUAGUUUUCAGGCCGCAUAAAUAGCUUUGCUUAGCUUUGCAAGACGAGACAGAUACCGAAACACACACAAGGAUAGACUGGGAGACCCAACAACAAACAUUUUAGGCCACAAACCAAGCUCUCUGACCAACGGCAGCCGAUCAUCGCGAUCACCAAGAGGAGAAUUCAGCAGUGGCAGCAGGGGCAGCAGCAGCGGCCACAGUGAGAGCCAAAAUUUAAGCAACACCAGCGGCCGUUGCUCCAAGUUCAAAACCACAGUCGAGAAUAUUCAAAAUUUAAGUUGUAAAUCUAAAGUACACACACUUAUAUAUUUAUACUAUAUAUAUAUCUAUAUAUAUAUAUAUAUGUUUGUUAGUCUGACGACAAAGCUAACUGCAAAUCACCCCCUAUUAUAUACAUGUAUACAUACGAUUUUUUUUUCCUUUUUCUGUAAUGUGGACUCGACCUACACAUGUGUACUAUAAAAAAUUAUAUGGCAUAUAUGUGAAUUUAAUUUUUUUUUGUAAUUGUAAAAUUUAGUGCGGCUUUUUUAAAAAACGAAUCGGAUGUGGGGACGUUAAAAACAAAAAGAAAAAAUUUAUAAAAACGAAAAAACGUUUUGCUUGCAUGCAUAAUGGAUACAAAAUCGAAAAAAGAACGCAAAAAAAAUUAACAUAAAGAAUAAUGUAUUUAUUUUUAUUUAUAUGAUGACGACGGAGAAGCUGAUGAAAGUAAAUUAAAUGUUAAACCUUUAAACAAAUAUACACACACACACGUACAUAUACAAAACACACACACCUACGCAUAUAUACUAUACGAUAUAUGAGAUGAGAUGUAUGACGCAAUAAAACGAUGAGAUGAGCCGGAAACAGUAGAUGGAAAAGAGAAAACUAAUUACAAGAGUCCCAAUUUUCUAAGGCUAAAUAAUGAAUAAUAAUAGUUAUUUUUUAUCAUCAUAUACAUGAGAGACGGAUAAUUGCAAGCCGGGUGCGCUGACUUUUGGGGCCCACUGUAGCGGCUGAUCAAAGACAGACGGCGGUGCUGAUCAAAGGAAGAGGGUGGAAAUGGUGGAAACAAGGGCUUAGUUCUUCGAGGAGAAAGGGCAGAAAGAAGGGCUUUGGAGAAACCGUUGUACCCAAGACAAAAGCUUAGAAAUGAGGCCAGAAAAAGUAAAUAGAGGAACAGAAAUUAGGGGAAGAACCACCGUUUUUCAGCUUAGUUAAGCACAAUACAACCCCCCACACACCACCACCAAGCAACCCCCAGCCACUUUCUCCAACCCAACCCCUUUCACUCAGUAUUUUUCUCAGUUGAACACAAAUCAAAAGCAGAGAAAUGAAAGCAAACAAAUAUGCAAAAAUAUAAAGCAGGUAAAUCGAGCAAAGCGAGGUACAAGAAAGUUUACACAGAGCGAAAGAGCAGCAACCAAAUAGCUAAAGAAAGUAAUGAGAACACCGAAAUGGACCGCCACACCCACAAGUAACACACUCACACACUCUCAACACUCACUCACACACCUACAGCCUAAGCAUCAAUGUGCUGCAUUUGAUAAACGUAAUGAAAAAAUAAAAUAUAUAUAUAUAUACACACAGA